AUGCCCGGCUACUGGCUAUUGCUGGCAGGUCCUGGUAUCAGGCGUGUCUACCAAAAGACUCGACACAUCACUACCGGGGCGAAAUGUCUGCGAGUGUGGCGACGUAAGGAGCGCGGUUGGGUCCAGGCACGUAGGAGAUAUACCAUGACAAAAGGAUAA